AUGGAUUCUUUACCAUUUCUCGAACGAUAUCGCCAGUUAGGCACACUGGACCAGCAGAAGAACCAGCUUAUCGAGGAUCUUCUGAAACGAGUGACCGACCUAGAAGCCUCCUUCCAACAAGAGAAACUCGACCAUGAACGCGAAACUCGUUUCAAUCGCGAUAUCCAGCUACACGAGAUGGAGUUGAUGCAGCAGAUAUCGCAGAUCAAGACUAUUAUGGACCGAGAACCUUUUGUCGUCGUGCUGCUCGACGGCGAGGGUAUUAUUUUUAAGGAUGAAUUUUUGCAGGCCGGAGAAGAAGGUGGCCGAAAUGCCGCCGACCAACUCUACGCCGCGAUCCACUCAUACUUGAGGUCGAACCUCCCAAGCGUCACUACGCCCAAGAUAAUGAUGAAAAUUUACCUGAACGUGAGGGGAUUUGGCGAGCAGUGUGCACGCAGUGGGCUCUUCGCGGAACCUGGAGCGAUCCAUGAUUUUAUUCGCGGCUUCAAUGAGACCAUGUCGUUCUCCGAGAUUGUGGACAUUGGACCUGGCAAGAACAAAGCGCAGCAUAAAAUUCAAGAGACCUUCCAAGUCUUCCUAUACAAUUGCCACUGUCACCAGAUCUUCGUCGGUUGCCCCUCCAAUUUUGAAUAUGCUCUAUUCCUUGAGGAUGUGUCAAAAGACAACGAUCUCACUGGUCGUAUCUCGCUUGUGGAAGGGGUUCCUUUCGAGAAAGAACUGGACGGUUUGAAAGGCUCAUAUCGGAUCGCCAGAUUUCCAGAAGUGUUUCGUUCAGCGAAAAUGGCGCCGGCGUGGGCCACCGCUCCUUGGAAGAGCGCUCUGCCCUCGCGAACCUUAAUGACACCUUCCCCCUCCCGACAAUUCUCAAAUCUUUCCAAUCCCCCAACUUUGUCGCGGACUUCAACCAAUACGAGUGCUUCAGGCGUCGCUCUAUCAGCUACGACCCCGAACCUCAAUGGCGGCUCUCCUGAUUUCCAGCAAGUUAGUCGCUCCAAGACAUCCGGUUCGGCGGCUCCCAAAACGGUGGAGCGCAACAAAUACGGCCAGCGCGUAGACCGACUUGACUUCAAGAGCAUUCCUCGUGAUGACCUAAAUCGCUUGAAGAAGCUCAAGCUGUGCAAUUACCAUUUCCUUCUCGGAGAGUGCCCUAACGAGGAGAACUGUUACCAUGACCAUGACCGUAAGUUGACCAAGCAGGAACUCCACAUCCUGACAGCCAUCGCGCGCAUGACCCCUUGCCGAUUCGGACUGGAGUGUGAUGAUCCCGAGUGCAUCUACGGCCACCGUUGCCCUCAGAGCGAGCCUGGGAAAAAGACCUGUUUCCGUGGCGAUAGCUGCCGCUUUGAGCCCGUUGCCCACGGCAUCGACACCAACAUCGUCAAAGUGACGAAAAUUUAA